AUGAUCGACCGCGCACUCCAGGAGCCCACAAAACGAAAAUUGGAACGAUGGCAGACAAUCUUCACCGUCCUCCUCUUCGCUCCCCUAUCCAUUGCGGGACUGGUCACCGGGAUAGUCGCCAUGGGAACCUCGGACCACGCAAGAACAGAGCACGGUAUCAUCGGUUACAUAACAAUCAGCCUAGCCGCGAUUUCAGUCCCACUCUACCUCUACCAAAGGAGACUCAGCUCCCGCCCAGAUCUCACCUUCUACAUGUACCGUCGCCUCAAAUUCUUCAACGCCCUCGAUUUUCUCGUCUGUCAAGCCAUCCUGCUCAUCUCGGGCUUCGCCCUCCCAGAUGGCAUCGACGACUUUGGCAUCAUGACGAUUUGCGGCACAAACACGCUCUCUUCUUCGCUCCUCUUCUCUCUGGGCAUGAUUGUUUCGUUUGUAUGGAACUGCGCUAUGGCAACGAUGACGGUGCAGUGGCUUCUCGAGCGGAGGGUUCGGGGCGGGAGUCUCAGGGAUAGGGCGCCGCCGUGGAUGCUCAAGAUUCUGCGGAAACGGUCGAAUUCGGAUAUGACUUUUCAGACGUUUCAAGAAUCUCGUUGA